CUCAGGCUGCUCUGGGAUCUACUUGUCAUCCUACGUCGCGGUGACGUUUAUUAUAAGGCAAAACGGCGCGGCGUGUGUGUGUGUGUGUGCAGACUGAUGCGCCAGAAAUUUGUCUCAAACUCAGACUAGAAGGCGAUAAACUUACACAGGAGACUGUCUGGAGGAGGAACAACAUCUCUCCUUCAAAAUGAGCGACGACACAGACUCCCCUCCUGAGAGGGAGAUGAAGGAUUUUCAGUUUCGUCAGAUGAAGAAGGCGAGAGUCUUUGAGCCUGCUGAAGAUUUGCCAAAGGAAAGAUCCAGCCUGCUCACCGUCUCCAACAAAUUUGGCUUAACUUUUGUCGGACUCAACAGGACGUUCAAAGUUUACCUGACCAGAGACAUCCUGGCGGCUGACAAAGUGGACGGCAACUCCAAUGAAAUAGUUGAAGGGAUCGCAGCGGUGGCGGAGGUGACUGUGGAUCUGACCGUGCACCACUUGGCUCUCAGUUGUGAUGAACUGACCUUGUCGGUGUGUGGCUUGUCUGAGGAGGCGGGAUUGUCCCUCACGUUCUACGACGUGCGCACCUUCGUGAACAAGGCAAGACCACAGAAGCUACCGUUUGCGUCACUCCUUCCAGCCGUACCUCCUGGCACUUUGGUGCAGGACCUAAAGUGGAAUCCUGCUCACGUGUCCAUGUUGGCUGUUUGUAUGUCCGACGGCAGUAUGCAAAUCUUGGAGGUUGCCGACGGUGUCAGAGUUCAGGCCGAGCUACCUGCCGCAAGUGGCAUCACGUGCAUUUGCUGGAGUCCAAAAGGAAAACAAGUCGCUGCAGGAAAAAUGAACGCCACAGUCAGUCAGUAUACACCAGCACUGGAGGAAAAGAAAGUUAUUCAAUGUCCCCACUUCUACACCUCUGAUGAACCUGUCAAAGUUCUCGACGUGCUGUGGCUGAGAACGUUUGUGUUUGCCGUGGUGUACGCUGCCGCAGAUGGGUCCCUUGAGACGCCUCCUGAGCUCGUGUUGAUCUCCCUCCCUAAGAAGGAUGAGCGGCCAGAGACAAAGUAUCUGAACUUCAGUGACACUGUGUACGGCAGCUGUACAGAGCGACAACACCACUACUUCCUCAGCCAUGUAGAGGACUGGGACCUCGUGUUUGCAGCAUCAGCAGCUUCCAUUGAAGUCAGCGUCAUAGCAAGACAAGAGGACAAGAUCUGGGAGCUUUGGAUCCUGGAGGAUGCGAGUAGGGCUGAGCUCCCAGUGACCGAGACAAAUGAAGACACACUUCCCCUUGGCUUGGCAAUAGACUACACCAGCCAGCAGGAGAUCCACAUCACGGAUGAGAAGACCUUGCCCCCAGUGCCCACUAUGCUAAUGCUAUCCACGGAGGGACUUCUUUGCCCAUUUUCUCUCCUCAACCUCAAUCCGGAGGUUAAGCAACUGGUCUCAGCCCCCAUUACCCUCGCCUUGGAAGGGGAAAGACUGCCCAAGCCAGGUUCUUUGGCAACCCAGCGACCUAAAAUUGCUGCAUCCAUCCCAUCCACACCAGCAAUGUUCCCAAAUCUCGGACUUACUUCAGCAGCUACUUCCACUCCUCCAGCACCUGCUGCCUCUUCCUCCGCUUCUCCGUUCAGCCUCGGCCCCACAGUUCCUGUGUCGUCAUCAUCGUCAAGCUUUGUUUUCUCUGUCCCAACUACAUGCUCCACCUCUGCCCCUUCAGCCUUCCCUCUGGGGGGAUCCAUGCCUUUUGGCUCAGCUUCCUCAGGCUUCUCCUUUGCCUCCAAACCUCCCUCUGACACUCCCUCAGCACCUUCAGCGUUUUCUUUCACCCCUUCCAUUAAACCGUCAGCAGUGGCCGCUCCAGCUCCAACACCCCAGAGUCUUGUUGCUCCCUCCCCACCGACGGUGAAACUGAAUCUAAAUGAGAGGUUUUCAGCAUUGGAAACCCCAGCACCACCGUCUUUCUCGUUCAAUUCCUCCCUGCCCAAAACCGUUGUCUCCAGUUCCAGUAAUUUGAAUGUCCCUUCACUCUCAGCCCCUAAGCCACCAGCUGUAUUGGCUCCAGUGCGUCCACUUCAAACUAGCACACCACCCACAGUCAUGCAGAAACCUGCUCCUGCUGCCCAGGCCCGCGUCCAAACUCCACAGGCGGCUGUUAGUGUGAAGGCCCUGGAGAAGCAGCUACAGCAAAAGAAAGACUCUGAUCCCAUUAUGGCUGGUAUAUUGGAGGAGAUUGCACACUUCCAGAAGGAGCUGGAUGAGCUUAAGGCACGAAGCGCGAGAGCUGACUUCAAGGUUGGAACCAAUGAGGAGAUGAAGGAGUUGAGGAAGGAGUCGGAGGACCUCCAUAUUUUCACUUUGGAGAUUAAGGAAACUACAGAGUCUCUCCAUGGCGAUAUUGGUACACUGAAGACCACGUUACUGGAGGGCUUUGCUGGGGCAGAAGAAGCCAAGGCUCAGAGUGAGCUGAGCAGAGACAAAAACUACAGACAGCUGCUGUACAAAAAGCCUCUUGACCCGCGCAGUGAGGAACAGCUCAAGGAGAUUCGCAGGUUGUACCAGUAUGUUAUGUUUGCUGUGGAAGAUGUCAAUGACGUGCUGGAUGUGGAAUGGGAGAAACACCUGGAGAAGAAGAAAAAGCAGAAACACAUGGUUGUGCCAGGGCGUGAGGGUCUGUUCACUACACUGGCCAACAACCUGUAUAUCAUCAACCAGCAGAAGAACCGAUUGGACCAGCUGAUUAAGGAACUCACCUCACUGCGCCUCUACAAGACUACCACUCCAACUAUUAACCGCAACACGGCUACAGCACCGACUGCUGGUUUGGAAAGCGAGCUUGAGAGCAUAAGGGACGCACUCCUGAAAGCCAGGCUGGACACCACUCCUCCUAAGACCAAAUCCAAAUCUCCAGUAGCCAAGAUAUCGCCAGUGAAACAGUCCCAGCUGCGCAACUUCCUCUCAAAGGGACAGAUGCCUCCUGUCCGCUCUACUGCACCAGCCAACCUGUCUCGCUCAGCCUUCCUUUCACCUAAAUACUACGAGGACUUAGAUGAUGUGAGCUCCACGUCCUCCCUGUCCCAGUCCCUGGAGCCUCACCCAGUUCACUUGGAGCUCGAGGAGGAAGAUCUACAGCCAGAACCCCUUCCCAUGCCUGUCAUUCCUCCAGUGUUGGCCACACCCCGCCACCCCACAGUUGUGAGGACCCCCUCUAUCCAGCCAGGUUUCGGGGCCAUCCAGUCCACUCCUUUAACUAAACUUCACUCAGUCCAGGGUAUGGGCUUUGGACUCAGCCCUAUUGCAAGUCCUGUUCCAACCAAUAAGAUCAACCUCAGCGGUGCUGACAGCACGGCUCUCGCCACGAAGACAGUAAAACAUGGAGCCCCACCAACUGAGAGGACCAUCCCUGUCACCAUCCCUGCCCAGCAGGCUGCAGCCACCGCUGCUCUGCGCAGGCAGAUGGCCAAUCAGAAGACAGCAGUUGUCAGUGCCUCUUUGACGGAGUCCACUUUAAAGACUGUUCCUCAGGUGGUCAAUGUCCAGGAGCUCAAGGACAAAGGGCCUCCUGGAGCGGUUUCCAGUAUCAUCAGCUCAUCAGUAACAGAUCCACCAUCACAGGUCUUUGCAACAGUUUCUUCCAACCAGGCCAAACGAAAUCCUACUCAAGGUAUCCCGAAGAUAUCCACUGAGAGUACGACCAACCCUCAGGGAGGCUUUGUGUUUGGUCAGUCGCCCAAAACAGACGUUUCCGUGGCUCCUGCUAGCUCAGCAGACCAAAGCACCAGCAAAGGUUUCUCCUUCACAUCAGGGUCUGCAGGCUUCAGUUUUGCUUCAGUUUCACAGGGAGCUGGAAUGUCACAAGUGAAAGAUAUAAAUAAGUUCUCCUUUGGUGGAAAUGGUAAAAUGAUGUUUGGCCAGACUGGAGAGGAGUCGUUCUCCUCUGCUCUGGGUACUGGGUCUGCCACCCUGCCCACAAACACGUCCGGAGACAAACCCACCUCCACCACAGCUGCCCUGAGGUUAGAGCCACAGCCCCCGAAGACAGUUGGAGGAGAAACUCUGGGCAGUUUCUCUGGAUUACGAGUGGGCGCUGGAGAAGAAGCAAAAGAUUCAUCCAUUAAACCUGCUGCUGCCUCAUUUUCUUUUGGGGAACCUGGACUUGGGAUGAGCAAGGGAGCAGCACAGUUUACCUUCGGUGGAGCUCUCCAAAAGUCUGCAGAAGAGUCUACAGGAGCAGACUUAUCCAAGGGGGCAGCAUCAGGCAGUUUGUUCAAGCCUCCUGAACCAAACUCCAAGCCAGCCUUCUCCGUUCCCCAACCUAACUCAAUUUCCUCAGCUUUACCUACAUCUUUCAGUAGUCUGCUUGCAGCUCCUUCAGACUCCUCAGAGGAACCAAAACCUCCACCACAACCUUCUGAACCCACACCGCCCCCUGAAAAAGGACCUGCUGCUGAACCAGCUAUAGAGAGCACCAGUCCUCUCGCGGUAACUGAGCCCGCAGCAGAUGCUGCCACUACAGAAACCACAGUAGCAGCGGUUACAGCACCAACGGUCGCACCUCCGUUGGCCACCACUGCCCCUACCCCAGACCCUCCAUCUUAUAUCACCGCACCAACAGAAGCAACCCCUCCGACGCCAGCCAGUGCGGCUCCCGCAAUAGAAUCCACCCCAGACAGCACCACCACCACCACUGCUCUGGUGCCCACUUCAGCUGCUGCCACCCCUGCUGUAGCACCUGUCUCCCAGGUAGCUCCAGCAGCCUUCCAGGUGCCCGGCUCUGACAAACCAGGUUCCAUUUUUACUCAGCCUGCUCCUGCAAUAACAGACAGCAGUUCAGUUGGAGUCACUCCAGUUAUCAGCACAGUUGCCCCUGCAACGACCACCCCUACUGUUGUUAACAGUACAACAACAACUACUGCUGCUAGCGCUGCGUUUGCGCAACCUUCCGCACCCCCAGCAUCCUCAGCUCCUUCAGCGCCCGCAGCCCCUGCAGCUCCAGUCUCAACGGCUUUUGGUUCAGCUGGGUUCGGUGCAUCAGCUGGAACUGGUUUUGGCAAAUCUGUAUUUGGCCAGACGAGUGGCUUUGGCCAGCCCGCCAGCAACACUGGAACAGCCAGUGGGUUUUCUUUUGGACAAACAGCAUUUGGAGCAAGUACUAACAGUGCAACUACCGGAGGAGGUCUUUUUGGUGCUUCUACUGCGAGCAAUGCAAGCUCCUUCUCCUUUGGCACGAGCAGUGCCAACACAGCCAGCAGCACUGGCUCAGGGCUGUUUGGACAAAGCACAGCACCAGCAUUUGGCCAGAGCUCUGGAUUUGGGCAAGGGUCUGUGUUUGGGAGUAACACCACCACAUCCUCAUCUACAGGAUUCAGUUUUGGGCAGCCCUCAGCUUUCGGCUGCUCUUCCGCCACGCCUGUGUUUGGCCAGCAACAUAGCGGUGGAAGUUUAUUUGGACAGCAGCAGCAACAGCAGCCACCAUCUGGUGGGAGUCUGUUUGGUUCAAGUUCAACCAAUGCAGCGGGCUCAGGUGCUGCUGGAGGAUUCUUCAGUGGCCUGGGAGGUAAACCAAGUGAAGACGCUGCCAAUAAGAACCCAUUCGGCACCACUGGCGCCUCCGGAGGGUUUGGGCAGCCUGCUCAGACAGGAACCAACACUCUGUUUGGGAAUAGCGGUGCCAAGACCUUCGGUUUUGGACAGUCCUCCUUUGGUGAGCAGAAGCCCAGUGGGACCUUCAGCACCGGUGCAGGGAGUGUCGCAUCACAGGGAUUCGGGUCCUUCUCUACUCCUGCAAAACCAGGUGGUUUUGGCAGCGCUCCAGUCUUUGGGAGUCCUCCUUCCUUUGGUAGUUCCCCAGCGUUCGGUGGUGGAGCAGCUUUCGGCUCCAACGCUUCAUUCAGCAACAACAUGAGUUCAUCAGCUGGUAAAGUGUUCGGAGAGGGAACAGCGGCUUCCAACAUGGGAGGAUUUGGGUUUGCCUCACCUCCCAGCGGGCCGUCCUUCGGCGCUCUAGCCAGUCAAAGCGCUCCGUCCUUCGGGGCCCUAGCCCAGCAGGGCUCUGGGUUUGGAAGUCAGCCCAGCAGUUUCUCAGGCUUUGGACAACAGCCACAAACAGGAGGAUUCUCUGGAAACACCUUCGGCUCUACAAACCAAUCAAGUCCUCAAACAUUUGCCAGUUGGAGAAGCUAGUUUUAUUAAACCUCCUCGUCACUGCUACAGUACUUUCUGCAAUCAAGCUCUUUGUGCCACACAAUGGGAGGAAGGGGGAAAGGGCGGGAAGAUUGUGUUGCUUUUAUAUUAAAGGGGUAAAUAAAUAAAGUGAUAAGUCAAUAUGCAUUUUCUGUGUAGAAAACUAUUUUCAAGCAGCUUACAGUUCAUUCUUUAUAUAUAUACAUAGAUCCAUACAAGCAGAAGAUGUGUAGUGUGAAGCAGAUUUUCUAUAGAAAAUAAAAAAUCUCUUUUGUAAACAGGUCGCUGACCUUCAUAAAAUAAUGUACAUUGAGGCAGUUCGGUUUUUGUCACAACACUCGUACUCCACUUCUGGGUUCAUGAUGUGUCCCAACAUUUAAAAGUUUGUUUCUGCGCUUUUAGACAUGAAAAUGCACAAAAACAUUUGAACUUCACCUCUGAGCAUUUCACUCUUUCAUUGAAUUAUGUGGAAUGGUGUUCUCAGCGUGGCUAUGUGAAUUAAUUUAGUUACAGUCAUGGAUCAAGUGUACGCCCAUGUAGAAUGUACCCAAAUGAACCAAACCGAACAUUUUUGAACUGUCAGAAAAAAAGUUUUGUGGUUUGAGAUGA